AUGAGUGAUGCUGAGAUGUUAGGGAUGUUCUUGAACAUCUUAGGACAGGGUUCUGCAAAUAGGCAAGCGCAGGAUCGUUUUCAACAUUCUGAUGGUGUUCAUGUCCAAGCCAUAGUAUCUCCUUCUAAUCAAAUACCAUUUAUUGGUAGAAAAGGGAUACCUACCCAAAAUGUGAUGGCUGCAUGCAAUUUUGACAUGCAAUUUAUAUUUGCAUGUGCCGGAUGGGAAGGCAUAGCCCAUGACACAAGGAUAUUUCUAUCGGCUUUACGUGAUCAAAGUUUGAAUUUUCCUAAACCUCCAUAUGGAAAAUAUUAUCUAGUAGAUGCGGGAUACCCACAAAUGAGAGGCUACUUAGGACCAUAUAAAGGUGAAAGAUAUCAUCUUCCUGAUUUUCGUAGGGGUGUUCAACCGAUGGGUCAUAAAGAGGUAUUCAAUCAUGCACGCUCAUCCCUUAGAAGUGUUAUUGAACGCACUUUUGGAGUAUGGAAAAAGAGAUGGAGUAUUUUACGAGACAUGCCUAGUUAUCCUUUUGCAAAACAAGUCAAAAUCGUUAUUGCAACCAUGGUACUUCAUAACUAUAUAAGAAGACAUGCCAAACGUGACUGUCAUUUUGAUGAAAUUGAAGAUGACCUAAAUGGUAUUCAAGGUGAAGAGAUUGAGAUAGAGGUUGAUGCACAACAAGAAGAUGGUCCUGCAACACAAGAAAUGGAGGCAUUGAGAAAUCAUAUAGCUGCAAGUUUAAUGAGUUCAUCUACUUAG